UGAGAAACAGCUCCAGAAAGGCAUUACAGAGAGAGCAGAUGCAGUGGCCCUCUAUUGGAGGGGGGGCUUAUUAUAAGAAAUAUAUAUACACACACACACGUGUGAAUUGUUUGGCCACACGAUAGGUCAUAUGUGGUUAACAGUUAUUUUAGAAAAGCAUACCACCGCGGCUCUCCAUUUAAAAUGCCUAUUUUACUUUUUCUGUUAGACACGUCCGCCUCUAUGAAUCAGCGCACUUAUUUGGGUACGACGUAUCUGGACGUUGCUAAAGGCGCGGUUGAGGUCUUUAUGAAGCUGCGUGCUCGAGAUCCGGCUAGUAGAGGCGACAGGUACAUGCUAGUUACAUUUGAUGAGCCACCAUACGGAGUGAAGGCUGGCUGGAAGGAGAACCACGCCACCUUCAUGUGCGAGCUGAAGAACCUGCAGGCGUCUGGCCUCACAACGUUAGGGCACGCUCUGCGCACGGCCUUCGACCUGCUCAACCUCAACCGCCUGGUGUCAGGAAUCGACAACUAUGGACAGGGCCGCAACCCAUUCUUCCUUGAACCAUCUGUGAUCAUUACAAUCACUGAUGGGAAUAGGCUCACAAACAGCUCGGGGGUGCCAGAUGAGCUGCACCUGCCUCUGAACUCUCCUCUGGCGGGCAGCGAGCUCACCAAAGAGCCUUUUCGUUGGGACCAGAGGCUGUUUGCUCUGGUGCUGAGGCUGCCAGGAGCCUCUGCACCAGACACCGAGCAACUCGGCAGCGUCCCCACAGAUGACUCGGCAAUCACCCAGAUGUGUGAGGUCACAGGAGGUCGAUCGUACUGUGUGCGAACACAAAGGAUGUUAAAUCAGUGCCUGGAGUCACUAGUCCAAAAGGUUCAGAGUGGCGUCGUCAUCAACUUUGAGAAGACGGGGCCAGAUCCACCUCUGGUAGGAGAAGAAAACUUGGUGGAAUCCAGUCGCCCUGUGUCGUCGUUCAGCCCUCAGCCCUGGCAUAGCUGCCACAAACUCAUCUAUGUGCGACCGAACCCAAAGACGGGGGUUCCAGUGGGCCACUGGCCCAUCCCAGAGUCCUUCUGGCCGGACCAGAAUUCUCCAACCCUGCCGCCGCGCUCUGCUCAUCCUGUGGUACGUUUCUCCUGUGUGGACUGUGAACCCAUGGUGAUUGACAAACUUCCCUUUGACAAGUAUGAACUGGAGCCCUCUCCACUCACCCAGUACAUUCUGGAGAGAAAGUCUCCACACAUGUGCUGGCAGGUGUUUGUCAGCAGCAGCGUGAAGCAGAAUGACCUUGGGAAGCCAUUUGGCUACCUUAAAGCCAGCACCACUCUGACCUGUGUUAAUCUGUUUGUCAUGCCUUACAACUACCCAGUUCUCCUCCCGCUGCUUGAUGAUUUAUUUAAAGUUCACAAGCUGAAACCAAACCUGAAGUGGCGACAGGCCUUAGAGAUGUACCUGAAGACAAUGCCUCCAUACUUCCUCCUGCCCUUAAAAAAGGCAUUACGAAUGAUGGGAGCACCAAACCUGAUAGCAGACACCCUGGACUGUGGUCUGAGUUACAGCGUCAUCUCCUACCUGAAGAAGCUCAGCCAGCAGGCAAAAAUCGAGUCAGACCGUCUAAUUGUCUCCGUGGGCAAAAAGCCCCCUCAAGAAACUGGCAUAAAGGUGAAGAACCACUCCAGUUUGCUCUCUCUGGCCCAUCGGCGGGACUUCAAACAGCUCCUGCAGGGAAUCACCGGGGAGGGGCCCCUUCGCCUAGCCGACAUCAACUUUAAAGAGUUCGCCGGCUUUCAGAUCGCUCUUCUCAACAAGGACGUAAAACCUCAAACCUACCGGAACGCCUACGACAUCCCAAGACGAAAUCUUCUCGACCAGCUCACCCGAAUGCGCUCCAAUUUGCUGCGGACAUCUUUAAAACUAAUCCGGGGCCAAGAUGAAGAUUCUCUGCACAGCAUUCCAGUGGCUCAGAUGGGAAACUACCAGGAGUACCUAAAAAUGAUGCCGUCUCCUUUGAGAGAAAUCGACCCUGAUCAACCCAAAAGGCUGCACACGUUUGGGAAUCCUUUCAAGCAAGAUAAAAAGGGGAUGAUGAUCGAUGAGGCAGAUGAGUUUGUAGCAGGACCUCAGAACAAGAAAAGAGGAAGUUCCAGUGAUUCCAACUUGGGCGGUACGAUGAAGCGAAGGCGGAGCAUGUCGCCGCUGCUGCGCCGGCCGCAGACUCCACCAGGAAGCAACAACCACGUGGUUUUAGGAAAGAGUCUGGCGGGGGUUCAGGGGCAGGCUCUCCUCAGAUCCUCUCCACAACACAAAGGAGUUGGCAACAACACGGUCGUCACUGAGAGCAAUGGCAACAGCGUCCCCGGGCUCGACUCUGCCGAGCUCUGGCCCACCGAGUCGGAGGCGAUGAGUCCGUCUCCUCUGAGUUUAGAGGAGAAGGUCGGAAUGGAGGGAGUGGUCGGCGAGGAGGACGUCAGCACGGAGGAGGACAAGGAGGUGGAGGAUCACCUGGAGGAACUGCUGGAGGAGAAACACAGCUGUGAGCGUCUGAGCCCACAGAGUGAGGUGGACAGCUCUGACGCUGACCCUGCAGAACUGGAGGCCAUAUUUAUAGCUCCAUUAGACGGAUGUCAGGCAGAACUGCGGGGCAGAGUCAUCAAGGAGGUCCGCAAACCUGGACGAAACUAUGAAGCAAUACUGAGUCUCCUGCAGCAGGUGAAAGGAUCAGUAAAUGUGCAGAAGUACUUCAUCCAACAUGCUAUCAAAGAAGCUGUGAGGUUUAAAAAGCGGGUAUUGAUCCAGCAGCUGGAGGACGCCCUCGCCGAACUGGAGGAGAACCAAACAACAUGCUCCCAGGUCACCAAUCAUCAUGGGACGUAGCCUCUGGAGAAACAAACAAGACUCCUGAAGUGUUUGUUGUGCUGCUGCUGCUGCUGGGUUUUACCACCAGUGAAGAGUCAGAGGACACGCUGUGUCAGAGUUUACCUGCAGGAAGGGCCUCUGACAUGAAUACAGACAUUAAAAAUACAGCCUUAAACAUC